AAAGUGUUGGGCGCAGACUUCCUCUGUCUGGGGACAGCGCGGGAGAGGGUCCCAGCUGCCUCCCAGGCCUCCCCUGAGGACCCACGUGAGGAGCAGCAGUGAGGAGCGAGCGGGGCUUGCUGGCCGAGAGCCUGCACUCUUCAGGCCGUCGGGGCCCAGGACAGUGUCUGAGCCCCAGCGCUUAACUGUGGUGGAGCAAGUGCCCCCCGGACACGUCCUUACCCACGCGCCCGAGGGCGGUUUUCUUCUCUGGAGACCAGAGGCAGCUUCCAGGGCUGGAUUCCCAGGCGGCGCCCAUGGAUCCUGGCCCUGCGGAGGAAGGUGUGGCCCCGGCCAUCUCCCCACUGAAGCCCGGCGAGAAGUUCCACCUGUUUGUGAGUUACAGCAGCAUGGACACCAUGUGGACGCGCGGGCUCAUCAGCCGCCUGGAAGCGGACCUCCCGGGGCUGAGAAUCUGCCUGCACGAGCGGGACUUCACCCCGGGCAGGAACGUCCUGGAGAACAUGGCCGAGUGUAUCCAGCAGAGCCAGAAGGUGCUGCUGGUGCUGAGCCAGGACUUUGUGCAGAGUCGCUGGUGCCUCCUGGAGGCUGACCUGUCCCUGUUCGGCUACUGCCUGGAGAGGAAGCUGGUCAUCCCGGUCCUGCUGCGGCCCUGCCGGAUCCCGCUGCACCUCAGCCACCUGACCUACCUGGAGGCCACAGACAGCCGCUUCUACCUCAAGGUGAAGCAUGUCCUGUGCCAGCCCAACCACAGUCUGGGGUGCGCCCUGCCCGCCCGGCACUUGGCCUCCUCCCUCUACAGCGGAAAGACCCUCCUGACCCUGAACUGCAUCAACAGGGACAGCCUGCCCUCGUGGAAGGUGGGGUCCUUCAGCACCCUGGCCGUCCCCGACCCCUUGAAGGAGGUGUUGGAGGACCCCGCGGUGUACAAGCAUGCCGUGAGCAUCCUGAACGGGGUGCAGUCCCCCAGGUCCUGCCUCCGGUACCUGGGCUGCAGGGUCCCCCUGGGCGUCUUCCUGAUUGUCCUCUCCUUGGCAGCGCUCACCCUCCCCCUGAUUCUGGGGCUGCAGCAAAACCCGCCGGCAGAGCGCUUCCUCCUAAUCUCUGCCACCGUCUUUUUCUGCCCGCUCCUCAUCGUCUUGGGGGUGAACAGCCUGUGCUGGUUCAGGAGAUUUUCUCAGAAGAAGAUGCGGGAGCUGGAGCUCAGAGUGGGCGAGGCCAACGUCCUGCUGGCGCCCCACUCCCUGCUGAUGGGCUGUGACACCAUGAACAAGCUGCACUUCGUGUACGUGCUGCUGGGGGACUGCAGGCGGGUCUUCCUGCAGGCCCCGCAGGGUGAGGCCCUGUUCCGGGAGGCCCUCCUGCGCUUCUCGUCCAGCUACACCUGCUGUGUGGCCCACGCACACUUCCCCGCCUGCGAGGACACCCAGGGGGCUCCAGGCCACCUGGAGCUGGGUCUGUGUUUCUGCCAGUUCGUCUCUCUGCAGCUGAAGAAACACAAGGGUCUUGGGGUUAACCCCGUGUGA